AUGCUGCAGACAAUCUCAAUUGAUCAAGUCAAAGAAUCACUUGAUCAAUUUAACAGGGGUCAACGAUAUUUGUAUAACACUUUAUCAUCAACUAUAAAAGAGAAUCAAACCAAUGAAGCAUGGUUUAUUCAUCUACUGGAUGAAUUACGUGAUAACGUUGAUUUAUUUGAAAAUAUGAAUGAACAAUUUCUUGAUUUUCUACAAUUACAAAUAGAUUGGAUAAAAUUGUCAAAGAAUGUGCUCGAUACAUUUGGAGCGUUUCAAAUUACUCUUAUUUCGUGCAAUACUAAACAUGCACAACGUUGUUUAAGCUUUUUAUUUACUAUUUUUACCAUACCCGAAAUCUCUGCAAAUCGUCUUCCACUUCAUGAUUUUGCUCAUGAAACAUUACAACAUCUUGUCCUUAUCGUUCCGCUAGCUUCAACCCUACUGUGUCCAAUCGCUGAACAACAUUUUCCAUUUAUGACAAAAGAAAUUAAUACUCAAAUAACUUAUGUAAAAAAUUUACUUCGAUCAUUAUCCUAUUUAUCAAUACAGCGGCUCCGUUUUCUUGAAAUAAUUCUUUCAAAAUUACUGCGUUUAGAUGUACACGCAUCCCGACAAGAUAUUAUUCGUGAAGAAUCAUCGAAUAUUGAAGCAGAACUUGUUUUUUCUCUGGAACAACUCGAUACGAAUGAUAAUAAUACUAAAGGAAUGAAGCAUGAUCAAGCUGAUAGACUCGAUUGUCUUAUGUUUGUUAUGUUUGAAUAUAUAACAAGUACAUGCAUUGAAAAUGGAACAGUGAAUUAUGAACAAUCGAAAUCUUUGUUUCGCGAUUUACUAAGUGUAUUUAAUAAAAUUUUAUUACCCACACAUGAUUCAUCUCAUGUGCAGUUCCUACUGUUUUAUAUUUGCAGUUUUCAUACGGAUUUUAGCGAUGAAUUUAUGAAUAAUUGUUGGAGAACAUUUGUAUCACCAUCCGUCUCAAUGACAUUUCGGCAAGCAUCUAUUUGUUAUUUAUGUAGUCUAAUCGCUCGAGCAAAAUAUAUUACCACUAGAUCUGUAUUAAAUAUAACACAAUUAAUGGUUGAUUGGCUACAUGCUUAUGUUAGUACAACAGAAACAACAAGUGGAAAUUCGAAUCCAAACCGUCAUUUACCCUUUUAUGCUAUUUGUCAAGCAGUUCUAUAUAUAUUUAUUUAUCGACAUCAAGAAAUAGCUCGAUUACAUGAUGGAAUUGAUAUUGUAUUAAGAUGGAGAAUCGGACGAAUUGUAUCGUCCGAAUUAAAUCCACUUAAAUAUAGUUUACCGGCUAUUACACAUCGAUUUGCUCAAUUAUCAAGAAAUUAUCAAAUUGCCUUUUGUUAUUCAAUUAUUGAAACAAAUAAUCGUUAUUCGUUACCUGAAACAUUCGCAACAAAUGAUAAUCAAAAUGGAUAUUUGCCAUCAAAUAUUCUCUAUUCCUAUUUUCCAUUUGAUCCUUAUGUACUAAAACGAUCGUUAAUAUAUAUCCAAUCACUUUAUAAUGAUUAUAAAGACGAAAACGAUGAUUCAAAUAUCCCUAAAGAUUCAGACGAUAAUGACCAACAAGACAUUGAUGAUUCUGAUGAUGUCCUAACAUCCAUGAUGAUGAGCACAACACCGGGUAGUUCUGAUUCACUCGAUCAUUUACCCAUGACAACAAUAUCCACAUCAUUCAAAAAUUCUCGAAAUCCUCCGUCAAUUUUACCAUUCGGCCGUUCGCCUGGCUUUCGAAAUGCAAUCAACUGA